GCACGCGUCGAAUUUGAUUUGACAGUUCGCCGCGUCCUAACAGCUGUUUUACCAUUUGCCUCGAAAAAGCACGAUUUUAAAAUCGGUUGAGCUUGUUUGCACGUGUCUUUAACUUAAUUUGAAAAAGAAUCGUUCAUGGUGUAAAAGUGUUUAAAAUGGAAGAAGAAGUCGGCAUUAAAGUGACAAGAUUGAGACGCAGAUUAUCUGUUGAGGCUGAAGAUGUCAAGUCUCCUUCACAAUCUACACCAACCAAGAAGAGAGGUGGAAGACUAGCUGCCAAGCCACAGCUGGAACUAAUUGCUGAGAAUGCUCCAGAAGCAGUCCCUAAGCGGACCAGAAAGUCCAUAGCUGAACCAGUUGAAGAGAAAGCAGUAACACCUUCAAGGCGCAGUACUAGAAUCAGAUCAAACACCAGCAUAGUAUCUGAGACUCCAGAUGUUGCUGAAGACAAGGGAACCCCAUCUAGACGCAGUACUAGAAUAAAAUCUAAUACCAGCAUUAUUGCUGAGACUGUUCAAAAUGUUAACUCACCCAGAGCUAAAAGGGCCGCUAGGAGGACUUCUUUGGCUGGCAGUGACAAUGAAGCCCCAGUCACUCCAGCUAGACAGACAAGAAGAACUAGGAAAGACUCUACCUCUAGCAUUGACAAGCCAGUUGAACCUGCUGGUAAAUUGGAUACUCAAAUCACCGACGUCAUUGUAGAAGAAGCAGAGAAUAAUGUCAAAGACUCUAGUGUAACUGAAAAAUCAAAAACUGAAUCUGUUGGUGAUAAAUCUAAAACAGAAUCACCAAUCAGGAAAAGCCCACGACUUGUUGGAAAAGGCAGAAAGAGCACCUCCAUAGACACCGAAAACAAAGAACAUGAAUUACAAAAUGAUAAAGUGACAAGCCCAACAACUGAUGAAGCCGACAAAUCUGUAUCAGAACCAGAAGCUGAACAAAAAAAUGAAACUACAGACCAGACGACAUCAGAAAAAAUUAACAUAUCCCUGGCCAGCAAGAAUCUCAUAGAAAAACUGGAAGAAGUGCCCAAAAAAACCAAAAAUGACCUUAACAAAACCACAAUAGCAAUUGAAGAACCACAACUCAAAAGUAAUAAAAGGAACAGAACCAAAUCAUGGACUACAAUCUCUGUUGAAUCCAAUCAUGAAAAUAGCUUCUGCAGUGACAGUGAAGCUACCAAAAAGAAAAACAAAAAUAAGAAUGACAGUCUCAAUGUAUCUAUCAUAACAGGAUCUGGUGAUGGUGUGAUGAACACAAGUAAGGGUAAAGAAAAUGUGUCAUUAAAUACAUCAACUCUCUCUAACAAGAAAAAGAAAAAACGAAAUGAAAUGUCAAUGAAUGAAGAAACAGAAACAUCUGUAAAUGAAAUUUCUGCAGUAAACAAAUCUUUAAAUAAAUCAUCAGCAAAAUUAGAUACUAAAGAAGUAUCUAAAAAUGUUGAUGAAGAAAUUGAUAGUUUAAAUUCGUCACAAAAAUUAGACUCUAGUAAUGCUCAGAAGUUCUUUGAAAACGCUCCAAGUGGUACUGUACAGUCGUUGGUAUUUAUUGACGACUCAGACUCUAAUCAUGAUAGUAUGGGAAAAGAGAGUGUCAACAGUGAAGAUCAGUUGGUUCCAGUAGUCGACCAUCAUUUAGAAAAGGAAGAAACAGCUAAUGUGCCAGAAAGUAAUCUCAGUUAUGAACCAAUGGACAUUGAUGAAACUAUGCCAGAAAAUGUAUCACUUUCUACCUUUACUGAGAGAAAUGAUUCUAUAAAUAUAAAGGAAAGCAGAAAAUCAAUUUCAGACAAUUCUCAAAAUCCAAAUGUCAGUCUCAAUAAGUCAAAAAGAAAAUCUGUGUUAUCAAGUAUAGCUACAGAAGAUAGUGUUACUGGCGGGUCCAAAUCACAAAGAAAUUCUAUGUCCGAAAUAGUUAAUGUUGAUGUUACAGAUACUAAUAAAUCAAAAAGAAAAUCGUCUAUGUCUCAUGUAGUUUCUGAAGAUACGCCAGACAGUGGUUCACAGGACGUGAGUCGUAAAUCUUUAGUGGUAGACAUGGACACUCAAGAUGAUAGUAUCCUCAAUAAAUCAAACAAAUCCAAGAGAAAGUCUUCCAUAUCAAACAAUGUAACUGAAAACAAUGCAGAUGAAGAUGUCAACAAGUCUGUUAGAAAGUCUCUAAACCCAGAAGCAUCUAACAAUGAAAGUGUAAACAAAGGAAUGAAUAAAUCUAUAAGAAAAUCAUCAGUCUCUGACAUGGUCAAUGAUAAUUUGGACAAAAGUUUAAAUAAAUCCAAGAGAAAGUUUUCAGUGGCAGCCAUGGAAACUGAAAACAAUAUAGAGGAAGAUUCCAAUACAAGUAACAAGUCUACUAGAAAAUCCGCAAUCUUGAACCUAACCACUGGCGAUGAUGUUGACAUGAGCCUAAAUAAAUCCAGAAAGAAAUCUUCAGUGUCUGCUGUGGUUGCAGAAGUAAGUGUCAAUGGUCCAAAAACUUCAUUGUCAGAUUCCUGUAAUGACGAUGAAAUAAUUAACAAAAGCAUUAACAAGUCUAAAAGGAAAUCGUCAAUUUGUAAUGUCGCUAACAAUGAGAGUAUGAAUAAGAGUUCUGAUAAAACCAAGAACAAAUCACUUUUGGAUAAAUCUGAAAGUGCUAAAAGUACUCUUGUGCUAUCCCAACUGAAAGAUAUUUCAGAAAACGAAAACUUAGAAACUAGUAUUCCUAAAGACAAAAAUGAAUCGAGUGAACAAUUAUCCAAGUCUGUUAAUGUGCCAAAUACUAAUACAGAGAAAGAGGCUGAUAAGAAGAAUCUGUCACUAACUUACUCAACAAGCACUCCUCUCCAACAAAAGUCACUUAAAAAAUUAGGCUUGCAAAUAAACAGUUCAAUUAUUGCUCCCAAUAGCACAACUAAGGCUGACAAAAAAGAUACUCCUAACAAGUCAAAGAAAGAAGUAUCUAUUAUGUCACAGCAAAAAGAAGAUGAAUCGUCUGAAGAAGAAAAUUCAGAAAAUGAAUUGGAGGAAGAAGAUGGUUCAGAAGAUGAGUCGGAAGAAGAAUCGUCAUUGAAAAAGAGUAAAAUGAUUGAUGACGAAGCUGAAGAAGCCAGUGAUGACUACGAAUCCGGUGACAGUAGGGACGAGGAGGAAAGAGAUUAUGAGGAGCAAAAUGAAAUAGUAGAAAAAGGCGAAACUCUUGAUUCAGAUGAAGAGGAAUAUUCUGAUAACUCUAACUACGAAAUAGAUUCGUUUGUUGUGACUUCUGACGAGGAGGAUAAUAAUUUGCUUAGUGGCUCCGGCGAUGAUCUGUCUAUGAGUGCUGAUGAGCUAACAAUGAGCGCAAAAUCGAAAAAGAAGUUUAAUGAACACAAAAUAAAAGAACAGAAGAAAGCUUCUAGAGAAAUGUUUGAAGCAAGACAUAAAUUAAAUGAGUCUGAUAAGAGUGCCAAAUCCACGAAGGCUAAAUCGAAGAAAAAUAACCGCCAGCGUCUAGAUUCAUCUUCGUCAGAGUCAGAAGAGGAAGUUACCGCACAACCUAAGAAAAAUAGGCGUCAAAGAAUCGAUUCUAGUCAAGAUAUCAGUGUAAAAUCAGAUGCUGAUAAAUCUAUAAAGAAGAAAGCUAAACGCUUAUCAGAAUCUGAUGAUAAUACAACAAAUGAAAAAGAAAUAACAAUUAAUGAAGCAAGCCAAAGUAUUGAAACUGAUCCUUUGACAUUGCGUAAUGUUGUUAAAGUUGAGCCUAAAACUCCCCAGAAAGAGCUGGAGAUUACAACGGUAGCUGUAACUGAUAUGGAUGAGGUUGAAGAAGUGAAUGUUGAUGAAGAUGUUUCGAUGAUAAAAGCUAAUCAAACUUCCGAUCCACUGCAAGCAACUAUUGCACAGGAUGACGAAGAUGCUACUGACGAUGACUCAAUUAGUGAAAAUGAAGAGAUAACUCGAAAUUAUACAUCAAUUCUUAACAAUCUGAACAAAUCGAUUCCUAAAAAGGUUAAAAACGCGGACAUUUCUUUGGACCUUAAUAAAAAGACAAAGAAAAAGUCUAAAGAGCCUAUUGUAGACCAACUUAAUCUUACACAAGUUAAGAAAUCUAACAAAAAGAAAGCAGAUUCUGGUGAAAAUGCUACAGAAAAUAAGAAACAGAACAAGUCUUUGAACAAAAGUAUAAAUAAAGUUAAUAUAGAAGUCACUGCAUUAUCUGAAGGUUCAUCUGAUUCUAUUGACAUGAAACUAUUAUUCAAUGAGGAAAGUAAUGACAGCGAGUUAGUGACAAGUAAGAAAAAGAAUACAAGUCUUGCUCAAAAGGAUGAUGACCAAGUUGUUGAUGAAUUCAUACCUCUGAAGAGAACUGAAGCGAAAACCAACAUUUUUGAAGAUACUGAUGUUGGCAACAAGUCAAAGAAUGAGUCUUUAUUGAAUAUAAGCAGCAAAGAGAAGAAGAAUAAACGCAAAUCAUCUCAGGCGGAAGAAACAUCAGCAAUGAGUUCUCAAGAAGAAGAGACUCUAGGCUUCUUUAUAGACACAACUGGCACUCAUGCUGAUGAGACUAAGAAUGACGCCAACAUUUCAAUCAAGAACAGUGCAAAGAAGAAUAAACAAAAUAAUGUUUCCUUCGCCGACAUAGCAGAUGCUUUAGUUGAUGAGGAUUCUAAUGAUGCGCCGUUGGAAGUUUCAUAUCGCAGUGAGAAAAACAAAUCCAGGCAAGACUUAAACGUAACUCAAAACAAUGAAGCAGAUAAUGAAGCAGAUGAAUCCCAUAGCAGUGGCAAAAAGAAGAAUAAGAAGAACAAGAAAGGAUUGAACAGUUCUCAAAAUGUGACAGAUAUCAGUAUUGUUGAAAAUGCAGAAAAAGUAACAGAAAAGCCUGCUAACAUUUCUAUUAUCAGUAUGGAUGGAAGUGCUAAAAAGAAGAAGAAGAAGUUAUCGGAAUCCCUAAUAGAUCAGGAAAUAGAAAUUAAAGUCGCAGAAGAAACAGAGCAAAAUAUUUCUUUGGACAGUGGCAAGAAUAAGAAGCUAAAUUCUAUUCCACAAGUGACUGAAGCUGAACAAAGUAAUGACAAUGACAAUGAAGAUAAUGUAGAUGAAAAUGGUCAGGAGCAGAUUAUAAAGAAACGCAAACGUAAAUCUUCACACAAUCAAACUAUUGAAGAAAUAGUUAUCAAAGAUGAUGUAAAAGUUAAUCUAGACGAAUCAGUGACAAAAAAGAAUCAAAAGAAGAAACGAAAAAUUUCUAAUAAUGAUGAAGACAACCAACUAGCUGGUCCUGUUAUUGAAACACAAAUGACCGAUGAUAAUACUAAAACUAAAAGGAUAGUGGUACAACAACAAGAAGUGGACAUAAGUAAUGAUGGCACCAAGAAAAACAAGAAACGAAAAGAAAGGGAUGACGAUGAUUCUACUAAACAAUCAAAGGUUCUUAAACAAAAUUCAUUUGAUAAAAUUCACAUUCCACGACUGUCUGCUGAUGUAUUGAAACACCUUGACGAAAAACUCGCAAAGGAUUCUAAAACGAAGAAACCAAAUGUGACGUCUACAUCUUCAUUUGUUGUGGAAGAAACGAAGAAGAGAAGAAAUAAACCAUCAAAUUAUUUAGAAGAAAGUAUAUAUUUGAAUGAUAAUGACAAUGGCAAAAACAUUAGACCUUCCAUCAAAAAACCAAAAGUUUUGCCAUUUAUACCAACUGCCUCAACAUCAGACAGUGGUUUUACUACUAAUUUCAAAGUUAGUUUAAUUUCUCGUGAAACACAAUUUGUUGCUCAGUCUACCGGCCUACCCAACUUUAAAAAUGAUUACCUCAAUAAGAAAAGAAUAAAGAAACUAGGUACAUUUGAGCUGUAUAAAAGACAAAGAAAUAUAAAAAUAUCGAAAUUUUAACAAUCUGCAAUGGAGGUGUGACAAAGGAUGUUGCCAUUAUACCGCCUUUCCCAGUGUAAUUUAGUACUUAGUUCCUGAUUUAAUGGUCUACUCAUUAUUGUUUGGCUGUAAUGUCUCUUAUUGUUAAUCUUUAUGAACUUGUUAAUAUUGCAUUGUUAUAAAUUGAAAACUGCCAAAAGUCGUUAAUUUGUUGUGGACUGCUUUCUUUUUUAUGAUAUUACUAGGUACAUAGAAUAUAGAAAAUAUUGUGUAAGUCCUUUUCCAUAAUCGUUUGUAUUUUUAACUUGUAUUGUUGAUUGAAAAUUGUAUGUAAUUGUUUAAUUAGCAUUGUUGACCUUAUGCUUGUUUUUGACAAUACUUUACUGUUUAUGUUAUUUAUAAUUUUACUUGUAUUAGUUAAGUAUUUUAGAUGCCUGGGUCAGAACUUUGUGAAAACGGCUACUAAAAUGUGAGCAUUUAUGUAGUUGAUAUUUUCAUGUACGAUGCUUUGUUUUAAAUCGAUGUUCGAAAGUAUCAACAAUUAAAAACAAAAUUACGUUUUUCUAGUUCAUAACAUAAACUACGAAUGAUUGAAUGAUUUUGAAUUUUAUUAUUUUUAAAGUUACCGCCAAGGUUUUGUAGGAGCCACUAGAGGGCGCUGGCGUCGGACUAAAGUGGUAUCGCCCAUGUGCCUUCGGUUUCCAUUUAUAUUUACUUAGUUUUGGACAUUUAAUUAUUUA